CUGCGAGCCCCCCCCCCCCCCCCGAAGGCACCGCAGCCGACUUGCUAUUUCCUGUCCCACCCUCCUGGCUUCACAGUGAACAGACCUCACUGUGGUGCGUUCGUGGCCAGCAGAGGAGAGACCACCUCCCUCUGGUCAGUGGUGGGGCUCAAAUCUGCACAGAAGCCAGAACAGCUCACAGUAAAAGGGGGAUUUCUAGACAAGUUGGAGUGGUCCACCUGCAUUUUUGGACGCUUUUAUUUUUGGAGUCAGAUGCCAGUGCCACACACGUACGUUUCACUUAUCUCUCAGGAAAGAGGAAACACCUCCCUCUGUACACUUGAGUGUUUCUGGCUGGUCCUCCUCCUGUGGAGGAUGACAGGGAGUGGAUCAUAGUGGAGGGCUGCUCCCUCAGCUACAUCAGCUCCUCUGUCACAAACACUGAGUGAACAACAAACUCGCACUGCUCCUCCAUCUUAAUGAUCUUAUCUAAGUGUUGGCUGACGGACCAGCUCCAAAUUUGGAUUCAAAUUCUUUGUUUCUCCAGUGGAAAGUGUUUUUGUUAGUCAAGCUGUGCAGCUCUCAUCCAGGACCAAGGAUCCUGCUGCUGUUGGAGUUCAGUGUGUAACAGAAAGUCCUGGAGAUGGUAGACAUCUGAAACCACUGAGAACCAGGAUGGAGCCUGUUAAGAGAGACAUGGAGCUGCUCAGCAACAGCAUGGCGACCUACGCUCACAUCAAAGCCAACCCAGAGACCUUCGCCCUCUACUUCAUGAUGGGCGUCUGUCUCGGCCUGCUCAUGGCGCUGUGCCUCCUGGUGGCCGGCAUCGCCUGCAGGACUCGCCGCCACAGCAGACCUCCCCCAUCCCCCGAGAGGAGACAGCUGAAGGAGUCCAGCGGGGAAGAGGAGGAAGAGGAGGACAGCACCGCGGAGGACGAUGGGGAGGAGAUGGACAUCCCUAAAGUGACAAUGGGGCCCAUGAGCGAUCGCAGCAGCCAGUCCAACGGGACUCUGAGGAGCGUGAACGUGUUUGCGUCAGCUGAGGAGCUGGAGAAGGCCCGGCGUCUGGAGGAGAGGGAACGAAUCGUCAGGGAGAUCUGGAGGAACGGACAGCCGGAUGUUCUGGUCACAGGGACGGGGACUAUUGGACGAGUGCAUUACCACUAACAGACACUUUGACUGUGCCCUAAAGAUCCACCUCGCUGACUGUAAAUAGCAGGACGCACACAGUACAUUGAUGGAGACAUUUUGAUUUGUGUGGCAACCCAAAGUGUUCAAUAUUAAAGUGAAGGACUGUUAUUAAAGUGAUUGGGCUGUAUCACCAAAGACCUCCCCAGGGUCAUUCAUGUUUGAACCCUGCUCUUGAUUCACAAACGGUGUUAACUGAGUCCAGCUAGUUUAGUCAUGUGCCCCCAAUUUAAACCUCAAACUCUGAACUGAACUUCUAAUGUGCACCACCAAUGUGCACAUUAAUAAAACACGGAUACAGCGACAUAACCGUGUUCCUCUGCAUGUGGCAAAGUGGAGGAACAGUGAUAUGAAAUACAAAUUUAUGGCAAAAAAUAAAAUAAAAUAAAUACCCUCCCCGUUUUUCUUCCCUAAUAAUUUUUGUACAAUUCCUGAAUAAAUAAGACAUUAUAAAAUAGGUAAUCAUAUGAAUGAAUACAAUAAAGACAUAUUCACAAUAUUUACAAAUCCAAUACAUUUUUUAAAACUCCGCUUAAAGUUCUGAAAUGUGAUUUAAUGUUAAUUGAGCAAGAAAAAAAUUGUUUUUCCUGAUUUAAAGCAUUAUCGGUCUUUGGGGUGAAAUUUGGGGAAAGAAUUGAGUUGAAAUAAAAGUCAAAAUGUUCUCAGGUGGAUAAAAUAAAACAAUGAGUUUAAAAGAAAAGGUAUUUAAUUAUUCUAGGUAUAUUAUACAUUUUGUCUGCAUUUGUUCAUAUGAUAUUUCUUAAUUUUACUCCUGAAUACAAUAUUCAACAUGUCUGGUCUCCAUAGCUUUUCUAUUAUAUUGACAUAAUGCAGAUUUUGUAUGCAGCAUAAUUUGGCUUCAUCUGUAUUUUACCAUAUCUCUGCAAUGUGAAAAAUUAAAAGUUUAACCACUUUUUUUCAAUCAAAAACAAAAUAUAUUUAUCAUUCGGUGUAGCAGUGUCUAUUUGUGAUUAUCUAUGUAUCAAACAAUACGUUUAUUUGCCUUUUUUAGCAUUAAUUAAGAGGAGAAAAUAGUUAGCAUCUGUAUGCUAACUAUGUAGCGUUAGCUGGAGCCGAGAGACGGUUAGCUAGCUAGCUUAGCUUAGCACAAACACUGGAGGCUGGUAGAGACUGCUGUCUCUGUUUAAAGGCAACAUUCACCUCCAGUGGUAACGACGUUGACCGUGACGUCAACAUGGGGAGAUUUACCGGUCCUGCUCAAAACAUAGUCCGGCUCCAAACAAUGCUGUUCCAGCCAUGGUUCCAGCCUCUCACAUGUGAACAUUAGCUGCUUUCUUUGUCUUGUAUGAUAGCAAAUUUCACGUUUAUGUUUUGGACUGUACUAAUUAUUCCAUUCAUGUUUUUGAGUGUUCAGUUGAUUGUUUUCAAUUCUUAAAGUUGUUUGAUUUCUAUGACCAACAGUCCUAAAAUAUUCGCUUUACAGCGAUAUAAAGGAGGGAAAACAGCAUAUCUUCAUAUUUUAUACACUUGAAUCAAGAUUGUUUGGACUUUUAUUUGAUAAAUAAGGCUUAAACAAUCAUCAAAACAGAACAUCAGUUAUCAAAAAAAGAGGAUUGAUUUAAUCAACUAAUCAUUUAAGCAAUUUAAACACAUUAUCUUGGGCUCUGGAAAAUUCUGAUGGGCAUUUAAAAUUGUCUGAAAAGUUUUUUUGUUGAAGAAAAUAGCCUGUAUAUUAAUCCAGAAG